GGGAUGAGCACGUUGGGCAGGCGCGCAGCGGAAUCGACGCGCUGCAGGGCCGCCGCAAGCUCCGGGCAGCCCAAGAUGGCCGCCCAGACGACAGUGAGCGAGCAGCGCCUCGACUGGAUGCUCGCGACGCUCCUGGAGAAGAUCACGGAGCGGGGCGGCUCCGUCUCCAAUCGAGUGAAAACGCUCCUGACGCGCUUCGACCUCGACAACAGCGGCGAGCUGGAAAUGGACGAGUUCCGCAGUUGUCUCGAAGAUUUCUUGGCCGGGCUGCAGGACUGCGAGUUCGAAGCUCUAGCGCAACGCUUCGACAGCGACGGGAGUGGUUCUGUCAGUAUCCCGGAGUUCACGGCAGAAUUAACGAAGCUCGCGCAAGAAAAGGAGGAGAACGGGGGCUUUCCGCCGGCGCGGCCGCCUCCGUCCCAGAAGACCACGAAUACGCGACGACCGCGAGCGUGUGGCUUGAGGAAGACGGACCCGUCGGAGUUCGAGGGCUACGGUGGUGGAUUGUCAUUUUCUGAGGCUAGUAAAGCCCCCACGCCGACGGCUGCAUUAGAUGUGUUCUUUGAUGAACUAAGGGCGAAGGCCAAGACGUUGGCAUUCCAAUCAUCGCUGCGAGAGGAUGGUAUUGAUGGGAAACUCCUCAAACGAAGUCUGGAGCGGCAGCGGAGUACACCUUCAGCUACUCACUUGACCGCGGCGCAAUUCGAAGAAGCAUUGGCCCCCUUCGGCGGCGUCUUUGACGAAGAGAACUGCCUGCCAGCUCGAGUCUGGGCGGCCUGCAACAAUGGGAACAUCGAGGACAUUAUGUCGAGGUUCAAGAAGGGCAACGCUCUGAGGGCGCGAAAUGAUGUCCCGAGGGAGGUGCUCAAAUUGAGAACUUUACUACUAGAUAAGUUCGUGGGCAUGGGCGGUCCUCUUCGCUUGGCCGUUAGAGAUCAAUUGACGAAGUACGACGGCGACGGGUCUGGAGAAUUGGACCGCGCCGAGUGCGCCAAAGCGUUUUCUGGGUUAGUUCCUGGUAUUGAGGAAAAACAAGUGAAUUUGCUGGUCGACGACAUCGAUACUGACGGUUCCCAAACGUUAACGGUCGACGAGAUCGAGGGCUACCUGCUGGCGGCGCAGUCGGCGCGCGACCCGCAGUCUACCUCAUUAGGGCUGAAGCCGAAGAAGCCCUUCUACACGGCGGAGGGGGCGCGGGGGCUGUAGGUAC